AUGUUUGACGUUAUUGUAGUGGGUGCGGGUGUCGUAGGACCUGCCAUAGCAACCGCCAUGGCCCGCCAGGGUCGCAAGGUGCUUAUAGUGGAACGAGACUGGACUAAACCUGACCGAAUAGUUGGAGAACUCAUGCAACCCGCCGGGAUUCAAGCGCUUCGAGAACUUGGAAUGGCGCGUGCCAUCAACAAAAUCGAGGCUAUAGACGUGGUGGGAUACUAUAUCAAGUUUUUGGACAACGAGAUUCUUUUGGACUACCCUACAAAACACGACGCGAUGUCAGCAAGACCAGAUACUCCUGUUCCUGAUUGUGUUAACCAUCAAAAUGACGAGAUUACGAGUGAUUCUACAUUGGACGCGACAGCGUGGCACAAGGAUAACCGAGUUCGAGGCGUUUCGUUUCACCAUGGCGAUUUUAUCCAAAAUUUGCGUAGCAUCACCAAGGCUGAAACGAACGUGACCGCAGUAGAAGGAACGGUGGUAGACUUGAUAGAUGAAGAUGGUGCUGUCACGGGAGUGGUUGUGAAAUCAGGCAAAAAAAAUCGAACUUAUAGGGCAAAACUCACCAUAUGUUGUGAUGGAAUCUACUCUCGUUUCCGCAAAAGAUUAUACGACACAGCUCCCCUGGUUGGGUCGUAUUUCGUAGGACUCAAUCUUGUGGAUGCCGAGCUUCCAGCGAAAAACAGAGGCCACGUUAUUCUCGGGUCCCAUGCUCCCAUCUUGGUGUACCAGAUUCUGCCCCACGACACCCGGAUUUUGUGUCUGUAUAGGUCCAGAAAACCACCAUCGCAAGCCAACGGUGAGCUUUUAGGGUACCUUCAAAAUGAGGUGCUUCCUGCGCUUCCUGAACCCAUACGGCCGUCUUUCAAGAAGGCAUUGACAACUGGCAAGUUCCGGUCCAUGCCCAACCAGUACCUCUCAGCCACGCGCCAGGGUCGUCAUAAGGGCUUGGUUUUGCUUGGAGAUGCCGCCAACAUGAGACAUCCUUUGACUGGCGGAGGUAUGACAGUAGGACUCAAUGAUGCCGCGCUCUUUGCACGGCUUGUUCACCCCAACAAUGUUCCUGAUUUAGACGACCAUCGUGCCGUGGCAGCAGCAUUGUCCAAGUUUCACAACCAAAGAAAAGGCUUGGAUGCCGUCAUCAAUACUUUGUCGAUCGCACUCUACACGCUUUUCGCAGCCGAUAGCCGCCCGCUCCAGAUUCUUCAACUCGGAUGCUUCAAGUACUUCCAGCUCGGGGGAGCCUGUGUCAGCGAGCCCAUAGGGUUGCUCUCGGGUGUGCUCCCACAACCAUUGCUCUUGUUUCGGCAUUUUUUCACGGUGGCUUUUUACGCCGUGUACUGGAACUUUCUUGAUCGGGGCUUAGUCGGGGCGCCACUUGCACUUUACGAGGCGGUGGCUACGAUUUUUACUGCGGUGAUGGUGUUUCUGCCAUACUUGUGGAAAGAAUUGGUUUAA